UGUGACAUUUCGAAAUAACUCGUAUAUUUUCGAACUCCGUGCAUUCGAGGUACAAUGGGGGGUGGGGGGAGAACGCCUUUGUGUCUUUUGUUGGCAAGCUAGCCAGCUAACUGUGAUGAUUACUGAUGUAUAUUUUCCUCCUCAAACAGCCAUCUGUAUACUUAAUGUUAUAGAUUUAACAAGCGAAUAUGUCUGCAUGUUGAUUUAUCUAAAGCAAAUACGUGUAUAUACAGUAUAAAUCAUUUAAAGAUAAGAAGUAUUACGUUGUUUACUUCUGAUGGUGUAUGCAGCCAUGUUGAUUUGACGUCAGUCCGUAAACUGCGAAGGAACGCUGAGAAGGCUAGUCCGAGUUCACGAGAAGGUAUUUGCAGUUGAGGGGCCGUGUUCCUGGUUGGAGUUGGGAAUUACAAGUUAUCGCCUCUAGUUGAAUGCACAUCAGUCUGAAGAGAGUCGCGAGUCAUCGAGGGCUUUGUGGAUCUUCGCUUAGACCACUUUGAAUUCGUCAGUUAUUGUUAAACUUCAGGCAAGGUCAAGUUGUAUUCUAUCAUUAUUCAAAUCAGACAGGUGAAAUACUCAAGAAAGUAACGCAUUCUGUAGUUGUUUAGUUAUUAGCUAAGGGCACUUCUCAUCUUUCUAGCUAGAUAGCUGCCCGUAGCGCGUUAGCACUCUGUUGCAGCUAUCUGGAAAUUGUGCUUAGUUUCUUUUAGGUAAUUCUGCCUUUACUGGCCAAGUUUAGAAAAUGACAUAUCCGAACCGUGUACAUGUUGUAAGCUAGAUAGUAGGCAGCUAAGCAUGGCUGAAAGCUUUUUAACUGUUAGCUAGGGUUGCCAAGACCGUAUACACACAGCAUAUAUUUUUAAGCAAACAGCAGUCAUAUUGCCAGGUAGUGCGUUCUGUUGUUUAAUUUUUCGAAUUGCAUUUGUUUUCUUAGUUUUGGAAUAGCGAAAAGUAUGCAGCAAUGAAAUAUAAAUAUACAAUAUAAACAGCACUAUAAACAUUAAAACUGAAAUGCAUUAAGCAAAAGCAAAAUCUGACUUUGUCUAUAAAAAAACAGAAUGACAGACAGUUCAGGACUGCACUUUGUGAGCCCUUAUGCUUUUGAGGCCAUUCAGAAGGUGGAUGUGAUGCGCCUGGCAGCUCUAAGUGAGCCGGAACUGAGGCUUUUGCUGCCGUGCCUGGUGAGGAUGGCGCUCUGUGCUCCUGCUGAUCAAAGCAAUGCUUGGGCCCAAGACAAGAAGCAGAUCCUGCGUAUGCUCUCUGGUGUGGAGGCAGUGAACUCUAUAGUGGCACUGCUUUCGGUGGACUUCCAUGCUUUGGAACAGGAUGCCAGAAAAGAGCAGCAGCUUAGGCAUAAGGCAGGUGGGUCAAACAGUGAGAGUAUCCUAGUCUCUCAGUUACAGCAUGGUCUAGCCCUGGAGUUUGAACACAGUGACCCUCUUAGGAGACUUAGACUGGUUCUCAGUGAGCUGCUGGCCAUCAUGAACAAGGUAGCUGACCCCAACAAGGAGUUUUUUCUCAAGUCCUCUGAACUAUUUGAAAGUCCAGUGUACCUGGAGGAGGUUGCUGAUGUUCUUUGCAUCCUUCAAGCAGAACUGCCCUCUUUAUUGCCUGUCGUAGAUGUUGCUGAGGCCCUACUGCAUGUGCGAAAUGGAGAGUGGUUUCUUUGCCUCCUUGUUGCCAAUGUCCCAGACAGCUUCAAUGAAGUAUGUCGUGGUCUUAUAAAGAGUGGUGAACGCCAAGAUGAGGAGAGUGUGGGUGGGAGACACAGGACUGAGGCACUAAGACAGCUGUGCCAGAUGAACCCAUCUCAAGCCUUUAACAUCAGAGCCAUGGUGGUGGAGGAAUGUCACCUACCAGGUUUAGGGGUGGCUCUGACUUUAGAUUAUAAGCAAAGCAGUGCCGACAAAGCCGUUAGUCCUUUAGUGUCUUAUGUCAGUGGUCUGCUCCUGGGCACCAACAGCAAAGUGCGCACAUGGUUUGGUAUGUUCAUCCGCAAUGGGCAACAGAGAAAGAGUCAGAGUAGUUCAGUUUUAUGGCAAAUGCGGAGGCAGCUGCUGUUGGAACUGGUAGCCAUCUUGCCUUGCUCACACAGUACACGUGUGCCCAAUGACACAAGGCUCAGUCCUGAAAUAGAGGGCAGCACAGCGUACUCAAGCCUGAGAGAGGAGCAUGUGGUGAAAGCCAGUUCAUUACUCAGACUUUACUGCGCUCUCAUGGGCAUUGCUGGCCUCAGACCCACAGAUGAGGAGGCAGAGCAGCUACUCCAGCUGAUGACCAGCCGCCCCCCUGCUACGCCUGCUGGGGUCCGUUUUGUCUCUCUGUCAUUUUGCAAAUUGCUUGCCUUCCCUACACUUGUCAGUACACCAGAGCAGGAGCAGCUAAUGGUGAUGUGGCUCAGCUGGAUGAUUAAGGAGGAAGCAUACUUUGAAAGUGCUGCUGGUGUUUCUGCUUCUUUUGGAGAGAUGCUAUUGCUUGUUGCUAUGUACUUCCAUACCAACCAGCUCAGUGCCAUUAUUGAGCUAGUCUGCUCCACAUUAGGAAUGAAGAUUGCCAUUAAGCCCAGCUCUCUGAACAAAAUGAAGACUAUAUUUACCCAUGAGAUCUUCACGGAGCAGGUGGUUACUGCCCAUGCGGUGAGAGUGGCUGUCACCAAUAACCUGAGUGCCAAUAUUACUGGCUUCUUACCGAUCCACUGUAUCCACCAGCUCCUCAAAAGCAGGGCCUUCACUAAGCACAAAGUCUCCAUCAAGGAUUGGAUCUUUAGGCAGCUGUGUGAGACCACCACACCUCUUCACACUCAACUCCUUCCUCUUAUUGAUGUUUACAUUACUUCCAUUCUUACACCUGCCUCUAAGGCCCACCCAGAGGCUACCAACCAACCAAUCACAGAGCAGGAGAUUCUUGAUGUUUUUGAGGGCCGGACAUGGGUGAGUGAGGGAGUUGCAGGGAAAGGACAUUUUCAGUAUAGCAUUACCACUCAGCUGCUGAUUCUCUAUUAUAUUCUGUCUUAUGAAGAGGCUCUACUGGCCAACAGCAAAGCACUUGUCCUGAUGCAGAAGAAGCCAAAGUCCUACUCUGCUACUCUAAUGGACCAGAUCCCUAUCAAAUAUCUCAUCUGCCAGGCUCAAGGCUUGCAUCAGGAAUUGGGGGGACUGCAUUCUGCUCUGCUGCGUCUCUUGGCCACCAACUACCCUCAUCUGUGCAUGGUGGAAGAUUGGCUCUGUGAGGAGGAGGUGACUGGCACUGUUCCCCUCAUGCGCAAGAUGUUGCUCAACAGCCCAGCAUGCAAGUACUCACACGCCCAGUUGCACAAUGCCUUCCAGAAUAUAAAACAGAGUGGACACAUACUGCUGCAGAUCCUGGAGUAUUUGACACUACUGAGUGCAGGGGAUCUGAUCCCCUAUGCGGAGGCCCUGACCACUAGCAUGGGCCUGCUGCUAGAGGACAACAUUUCCCGCGGAGUGCUGCAGACUGUUAACAAGCUCUGGAUGGUACUCAAUACAGUCAUGCCUCGAAGGCUGUGGGUGAUGACAGUAAAUGCUUUGCAGCCAUCUGUUAAGCACCUCAGGAAGCACUGCUACACUCAAAAUGAUCUGUUAGUGGACCCUCUCAUUGUAUUGCGAUGUGACCCCAGAGUGUUAAGGUGUCCUCCCCUGAUGGAUAUCAUGUUACACAUACUGAACGGCUAUUUGAAGGCAUCCAAAGCCUACUUGAAUGCGCACCUGAAGGAGACUGCUGAAUUUGAGCGGCAGAAUCAGACUAUCUCAAACCUGGGGCUUGCUGGUCAGCCAGAUACACCAGAGGUCACAAGGGAGGAGCUAAAAAAUGCCCUACUGGCUGCACAGGACAGUGCAGCCGUGCAGAUCUUGUUGGAGAUGUGUCUGCCCUCCUCUCAGGAGGAGCAACAACUGAGCAGAGCAGGUUCCUGUUUGAUGAGGAAUGUUCAGUCUGCUUCAAUUCUUCCUGAAAGGGAGAAGGGAAAAGCAGGAUCCCAGUGGGCCCCCUGCUGGUCACAGCAGGCUGAAGGGCGACCAGUGGGGGCUGAAGAGGGGGCCGAGGGGGGAUUGCUCAGUGACAUCAGGGAAGUACAGUGCCUCAUUUGCUCUCUGCUGCAUCAGAUGUUUAUUGCAGAUCCCAACAUCGCCAAACUAGUGCACUUUCAGGGUUAUCCUCAGGCUCUGCUUCCUCUGACUGUAGCUGGCAUUCCUUCUAUGCACAUCUGUUUGGACUUUAUUCCUGAGCUCUUGGCACAGCCUCAGCUUGAGAAACAGAUCUUUGCGAUCCAGCUUCUGUCUCACCUUUGCACACAGUAUGCUCUGCCUAAAUCCCUCACUGUGGCACGCCUUGCUAUCAGCGUGAUGGGUACUCUGCUCACAAUCCUAACACGUGCGAAGCGCUUUGCUUUCUUCAUGCCCACCUUACCAUGUUUGGUGUCCAUUUGCUGGGCUUUUCCUCCACUCUAUGAUGACGUAGCAUCCCUGCUGGUGCAACUAGGCCAGGUGUGUGCUGCUGACGUUGCUGCUAAAGCCCGGGACAUUGACCCAUUUAUUGCCAGGCUACAUUAUUUGAGGGAGAGGACACAGAAUUCACUGGGGCCACAUGUGGGAUUGUUCAAAGUGGCUGUGCCUAAGAGAUCUGCUGAAGGAUUGUGUGGAGCUGACCCAGAUGUCCAGCUGUGUUACUGUAUAGAAGCUACCUUCCUGGACAUCAUUAGCACCAGUACCCAGGGAUUGUAAAGAAAAAGCUACACAUGCUGCUCCUGAGAUACUAGUGAUCCUGACCCCUUCUCCAGACCUGCCUGAUCCAUCCUGAUGCCCUACUUCUGGUUGGAGUUCUCAUCACUUGGAAAUCUGCUGCUGCUGCUGCUGAGGAUGGCCCCAUAUGGACAGCCUAAAAAUACAUGAUAAUACUGUGAACCACUCAAAAACCAUCAGGAAGGCUUUGGACUGCAAUUGAUUUGACUUGUACUCAAGUCUUCAUCAGUGAACAGAUGAAUCUAUAAUGAAUUUCCUGGUUACACAUUUGUACUUUUUGACCAUAUAGUAUACAGUUAUAGAUGUACUAUCUAUUGUCACCCAGAUAUGGAUGGGUUCCUUUUUGAGUGUGGUUCCUCUCAAGGUUUCUUCCUCAUAUCGUCUCAGGGAGUUUUUCCUUGCCAUCACUUCUGGCUUGCUCAUUAGGGAUAAAUUUAUAAAUAUAAAAUUUAUAUCCCGAAUUUAUAUAUUUCUGUAAAGCUGCUUUGUGACAAUAAUUAAUUUAUAUAUUUCUGUAAAGCUGCUUUGUGACAAUGUCCAUUGUUAAAAGCACUAUACAAAUAAAACUGAAUUUAAUUGACAUCCUAUACAAUUGUGUGCUUCCAACUUUGUGGCAAUGGUUUGGAGAAGGCCCACAUAUGGAUGUGAUGGUCAGAUGUCCACAAACCUUUGGCCAUAUAGUGUAUUUGCCAAUACCGAUUCGGUUACCAAAUGUGUCUCUCCUGCCUUUCCAUAUAAGCUACUGGAAGGAGAAAAGCAACAGCAUACUUUCAUUUUAAUCUGUUUUGGCAACUUCAGCAUUCAAUUAUGAGUUAUGAGGAGGUGAAUUUUGUUUUGAGAGAUAUUAAUUGUUUAAUGGUUAAUAAUUAAUGGAAUAAGACUAGUUCAAGAGCUACCAAAUCCCUACCAAAUGGUCCUGAAGAGGGCACUAACAGACUGGCUGUAAAGUGGCCACCAACCAAAAGAACGGAAAGGAGGUCACUUCACUCUCAAGUUCUCUUCAUUACUAACCCUGUUUUGUCUGUAGCAGUCUGCCACCUACAGGUUUGCACAAUCACGACGUCUUUGUAGAUUAUGAUUUUAAAUAAAAUGCAGUGUUUUACACUGUAUAAAAGUG